AUGAGCUAUGGAAAGAGACAGUUCGGGGCAAGAAGGAAGAAAGAAGUAAGUCAUGGAUUGGGUUCAUAUGCAGAAGCGUGCAAUGCUCGUUGCUCUUUUUGCACAUUCAAUAUAUUUACUUCCACCGCUUAUAAGGAUAAGGUUUAUAGGGAGGUUGGCACAUUCAAUUUUAAUAUAGAGACCCAAUUUGCUGCUAAGCUCGAUGAAAUGAAGGAGGUUGCUAGAGUUCGCGUCUUUCAUGGCAGAGGUAAGGAGAUGGCUGGAACAUCUUUUGUUGAGAUGGUAAAUCGUAGCACAGAGGUUAGUAAGGUGGAUUCCAGGAACUAUGUUUUCACUGAAGAGCAUCAUGAUGCAUUGGAACGUAUGGGUGAUAAUCUAUUUCACACUUUACCUUCCCGUUUUUCAUCCCGCUUCUCCCUCGUGAGGUCCUCGUUUCUGAUUUAUCCUCUUUCUCACGCAUUCUCUCUCGCAAAAGCCCGGGAGGCUAGGCCGGAACUGGCGGAAAUCACCGAAAUCGAGGCGUCGGACAUAGAUGAACGGAACCGACAGGUAGUUCUUCAGCUGUAUGAAGCCCUAGGCCAGCGCGACGCAGAGCGAGCACAAUCCCUUCUCGCCCCUGAUCUGGAAUUGUGGUUUCAUGGCCCUCGCUCCCACCAGCACAUGAAACGCCUCCUCACCGGCGACGACGACAAUUUCCAUUUCGUCAUCCACUCCGUUGACGCUUUUGGCCCCACCGUCAUCGCUGAGGGCACCGAUCUCACCCAUUCUCUCCUCUGGAUCCACGCCUGGACCGUCUCCGAUGGGGUAAUCACUCAAGUCCGCGAGUACUUCAACACUUCCCUCACCGUCACACGUGUGGCAACUGACGCGGCGGCCGCCUCCCAUUGCCUCCCCGUUUGGGAGAGCAGGCUUUCAAUCAACGCUGGGAAAUCUCUUCCGGGCCUUGUCCUGGCCAUCUGA